UUCAACUGUCUAGACGACGACUUCUACGAAAGUCACCCAAUGGAUCCUCGAAUGCAUACGGCUCCCCCCGCGGGCCACCCCAUACAGCCAGGCUACCAGUUGGAGGACAACCCGUACCACCAUCAGCAAGGCUUCGAUAUCCCGGCUGGCCCUGGGAGAUACAGUCCUGGAGAUGCGCUACACAUUCAGACUCCUCAACCGAUCGAGGGCAUGGGCGGAUACAAUGCCCCGGGCCAACAUUAUACCCCCGAUUACGCCGUGAACCCGGAAGAGCACCACGAUGCCUACUACAACCAGCCCUACGAGCCCCAAGUUGGCCAUGAUCCAUAUGCCGCGGCCCCAACACCCCCGGUGGCCGGAUACCAGGCGCACGACGACCAACGGCCCAUGUUGAUGCAUACCGAUUCUCAAGUCGGCCAGAGCGAUCCUUACCACGACGAACCCCAACCGCCAACGAACAAUGCGCCCAUCAAGAGGUGGAAGACAGUCAAGCAGGUGCUUCUGUACCGCGGUAACUUGGUGCUGGAUUGUCCUAUCCCUCCAAAGCUGCUGAACCAGCUCCCCCACGGCGAGCGCGACGAGUUCACCCAUAUGAGAUACUCGGCUGCCACCUGCGACCCUUCCGAGUUCUACGAGGAGAACUUCACUCUGCGCCAGAAGCUCUUCAGCAAGCCUAGGCACACAGAGCUCUUCAUUGUCGUAACCAUGUACAACGAGGACGAGAUUCUGUUUGCGCGCACCAUGAUUGGUGUGUUCAAGAACAUCGAGUACAUGUGCAAGCGGACGGAAAGCAAGACCUGGGGCAAGGACGCCUGGAAGAAGAUUGUGGUGUGCGUCGUCAGUGACGGUCGUGCCAAGAUCAACCCGAGAACAAGAGCGUUGUUGGCCGGUAUGGGUGUCUAUCAGGAGGGUAUUGCCAAGCAACAGGUUAACGGAAAGGAUGUCACGGCGCAUAUUUACGAGUACACGACCCAGGUCGGCAUGACCAUCAAGAACGAUGUCGUCCAGCUCAUCCCCAAGCAGCAGCCCGUUCAGAUGCUGUUCUGUCUCAAGGAAAAGAACCAGAAGAAGAUCAACUCGCAUCGUUGGUUCUUCCAGGCGUUUGGUCGCGUUUUGGAUCCCAAUAUCUGCGUGCUCAUCGAUGCUGGUACUAAGCCCGGUGGUAGCUCCAUCUACCAUCUGUGGAAGGCCUUCGAUCUCGAGCCCAUGUGCGCCGGCGCCUGCGGUGAGAUUAAGGCCAUGUUGGGCACGGGCGGCAAGAACCUGAUCAACCCGCUCGUCGCCACUCAGAACUUUGAGUACAAGAUGAGUAACAUUCUCGACAAGCCUCUCGAAUCCGCCUUCGGCUUCAUUUCCGUCUUGCCCGGUGCCUUCUCCGCUUACCGCUACGUCGCUUUGCAAAACGACAAGAACGGUCAAGGUCCCUUGGAGAAGUACUUUGCCGGUGAGAAGCUGCACGGCGGCGACGCCGGCAUCUUCACGGCCAACAUGUACCUCGCCGAGGAUCGUAUCUUGUGUUUCGAGCUCGUCACUAAGCGCAACUGCCACUGGAUUCUGCAGUACGUCAAGUCAGCCACGGGUGAGACCGAUGUGCCCGCCGACCUGACGGAGUUGAUUCUGCAGCGUCGUCGUUGGCUCAACGGUUCCUUCUUCGCGGCUAUCUAUGCUAUCGUCCACUUCCACCAGUUCUUCCGGUCCGACCACUCCUUCUUGCGAAAAAUUGCCUUCUUCAUCGAGUUCGUGUUCCAGACGGUCAACAUGAUCUUUGCCUGGUUUGCUAUUGGCAACUUCUUCCUCGUAUUUAAGAUCUUGACGACGGGUCUGGGCGACGAUAAGCUUCUAGGGACCGUUGGCGAGAUUUUGGGCGUCGUGUUCGCGUGGGCGUACGGUGUGACUCUGAUAACAUGCUUCGUCUUAUCCAUGGGUAAUCGACCGGCUGGUUCUCCACGGUUGUACAUGGGUAUGGUUGUUUUCUGGGCCAUUAUCUUUAUCUACCUAAUGUUCGCAGCCAUCUACAUCGCCGUCGUUUCCAUCCAAACCGACGUCCAAAAGGGCCUCUCCUUCACCGACCUCUUCCGUAACGAGCUCUUCUACACCCUCAUCGUCUCCGUCGUCUCCACCUACGGCAUCUGGCUGAUCGCCUCCCUCCUCAUGUUCGACCCCUGGCACAUGGUCACCUCCAUGGUGCAGUACAUGCUCCUCUCGCCCACUUACACCAACGUCCUCAACGUCUACGCCUUCUGCAACACCCACGAUAUCUCAUGGGGUACCAAGGGUGACGACAAGCCCGACAAGCUGCCCUCCGUCAACACCAAGGACGGCCAGGGUAAGACCGAUCUUCCCGACGAAGGCGAUCUCAACGCUUCGUACGAGCGCGAAAUUCAGGUUUUCUCGAGGAAAUACGUGAAGCCGGUGACGGCGCCGACGAGUGCUCAGUUGGAGGAGAAGCAGAUGGACUAUUACCGCGGUGUCAGAUCGAUGGUCGUGUUGGUGUGGAUGAUUACGAACUUUGCGCUGUGCGCGGUGGUGUUGAGUACGGCUGGUCUCGAAAGGAUCGAUCCGGAGGAAGGAAGCCAGGAGCAGGAAACGACGAAGCGGGCGACGAUUUAUAUGAGUGUGGUGUUGUGGAGCGUGGCGGUUCUGAGCGGGUUCAAGUUUGUGGGGGCUUGUUGGUUUUUGGUGGUGAGGAUGUUUAGGGGUGUUUGAGUAUGAUGCUGUUUUGGUGUUGUUUUUUGCUGUUGUUGUUCUUCUGGAAAUGCGUCAUGAAUUAGUAGCUUUUCUUGUUCUUUUCGAAUCUUUGAAGCAAGUGGAUGUUACGUGGAUAUGUGGAUUUGGUAAAAAAAGCAAAGACAAUGGGAGCUGUUUGGUUGAGAUGAGUGAGGACAUGGAGAGUGGAAUGUGGAUAGAAUCAAAGAUGGGACUUGGGAAGGAGUUGAGAGAGAUUAGGUCCUUUGCCUCCUUUUAACGCCUUUUUGCUUUAGCCAGAGAUACCUAUUGAACGUUUUGAAGCUUCA